AUGCAAAACAUCAACCGGAGCUCCGACACCCCCAUCUCCGUGCACCGUGUCAUGUUUGGACCCGAAGGCUGGGCGGACCUACCACAUGGAUUAUUGCACUCCAUCAUUGUCCUGUUGGGUUCAACUCGUGACCUUCUUGCAUUCAUCGCCACCUGCCCUGGCUGGUAUGCCGCAUUCAUGUCAAUCAAAUCUACCUUAGGCGAGCUCUUCCCACCUGUUAUUUUUCGGAACUGUGCCGACCAGACAAGCUCAGCUGGCUCUAACAUUGGAAACAUAUGGGAGCUCAUUGAUCCUGUAUAUCCAAGUGCUCCGUUGUGUCGCUUGACCCCUCCAAGUAUUUUGGACAAAAUGGCAGUCGUCAAAUGUUCUUAUGGUCAUGCUAUAUUCUGCUACGAGAGAUCCCUUGUCAUUAUGGACGUGCUCACUGGCACUACGGUUGCAGCUCCACCUUUUCCAUUGAGUCAACUAUGCUAUAGAACCUUCAUAUCUCCGGAGGCGUCACCAGAUUCAUAUCUAUUUGUCAGCAGCCCGCACUGCCUGUAUGCUUGGCGAGUUGGGAGCCCCUCUUGGUUGCACUGCGACUUUCUAAAUGCACAUUUGAUCAAGGAGAUGGUGUCCUUCAAAGGCCGGGUCAUUAUGAGGAUGCGUCAAAAACUAUACACCGUGCAUUUGACACCUCAGUUUCAUGUUGAGCUACUAAGACUUGAUUGCAGAGAUUAUAUGGACCCGUACGUGCUUUCCGGAAAUUUGGUGGCUUGUGAAGACACACUUCUCCUACUUGGUCGUAACGGGGAAGUCUUCUCCAUUGACUUCUCAACUGAACCUGCAAAGUAUGUGAUCGUGGAAGAGGGAGGCUUGAAGAAGUGGGCGUUCUUCUUGGGCGAGAAACGUACUGGACAGCCACGACUCUUAGUGAACCCAGAGAGAAUGGGUUUAAGGGGUGGCCUUGUCUAUCAAUUGGAUGAAAACGCUCGAGUAUUUUCAUACCCAGUAGAUGGCAAUCAACAUGAGGAGUUGGAGCCAGAACCUUGUUUUGCGACGAUCAAUGCUCAUCUUGCUCGCAAUCCUACAUCCUUUGCAGCUUGGAUAUGA